AUGGAUAGUGAUGAUCAGAGAUCAUCAUCAUCAUCGUCAUCAAGAAAGUUGAAAUCUGCAAAUGAAAUCAGUGAAGAAGAAGCUGCGGAUCUGAGAAGAGGACCAUGGACUGUUGAAGAAGACAUCAUUCUUACCAAUUACAUAUCCAUUAAUGGUGAAGGCCGCUGGAAUUCUCUUGCUCGAUGUGCAGGUUUAAAAAGGUCGGGAAAAAGUUGUAGACUUAGAUGGCUCAAUUACUUACGCCCUGAUGUUCGUCGUGGAAACAUUACACCGGAAGAACAACUCCUUAUUCUUGAGCUUCAUUCUCAAUGGGGAAAUCGAUGGUCGAAAAUUGCACAACACUUACCGGGCAGAACAGAUAAUGAGAUAAAAAAUUAUUGGAGAACUAGAGUGCAGAAACACGCGAAACAACUCAAAUGCGACGUGAACAGCAAACAAUUCAAGGACACCAUGCGAUACCUUUGGAUGCCUAGAUUAGCCGAGAGAAUUCAAGCCGAUGCUACAACACGCGAGAAAUUAUCUACCGAUAUGAAUUAUGGUCACAUGCCUUUGGUUGGUCCACAAGAUAAUAUUAAUAUGUGUUACCCAUCUCAACAAUAUUCUGUGACUGCAGCAUCGUCAGACUCUUUCGGAUCAACCCAAGUGUCUGACUUAACCGAUAUUCAUUACAACAAUUAUCCGGUUAAUAACGAUGUAGAUAACAUGGCUGCAUAUUAUUACCCUAAUAAUCAAGGCGAAAAUCCACAAUCCUAUCUAAACCAUGGGUUAGAUUUACAAGUCAAGGACCAGACCAAUGACAACAAAGAAUGGUUCAAUCAAAUAGGGGAAGCAUCCGACAAUUUCUGGAAUGUCGAGGACAUUUGGUAUCAAGAGCGGUUCGAAGGAGGCAACAUGUUAUAAAACUAAAAUUAUCGAGACGAUCAUAUAAAUUAC